GACACGACACGGGUUUGUUAACAGGGUUCACGCCAAGCGAGGCGCCGCAUAGACAUCUGUGCAUCUCCAGCACUCCAAGGUCAGGCCUCAGCAUGCAGUCGCAUCUUCCAACCACGAUGCAGAAUGAACUCGCGCCCCUUCACCCGUAACGCCCAGAAGAGCUUCCGCCCCGCCUUUGACUACCUGAGCAACUUCUCACGACCGAACGCGCAACACGCCCGCGACAGCAAGCGCAAGCAGUCGGACAGCUACGUGAGCCGUCGCCAGAACAGCACCAGCUCGCUCGAUGACACGGACUUCUCCGACGUAGAACAGUACGCCAAAAUGGACGGCGCACGACGGAGCCACUCGACGCAGAACUCGCUGUCGGAGCUGCAGCCUGCCGUGCCGCUGAUCGAUAUCAGCAGUCGCAGCACCAGCCCCUACCCGCGCACUCGCAGCGCUACGCAGAGCGAGGACGAGGACGACUACUAUGAGCCGGCGAGCAGCAUACGGCCGCUGGUAAGCCGCGACAUGGGCAGAGGAGCGACAUCGUGGAAGGGAGUGUUCAGACAGGGGGGGCUAGGGGGCUUCUUGUUUGGGACGUGGCUGGGCUGGCAGAUAUGGGUUGGCCUGCUGGUAUUUUGGGUGGGCGGCUGUGGAUUCGGCCUGUUGCUCAUGAAUAGGUUCAUCAUGUUGACGGGCGUCUACAAGUUCCCCUUUCCGCUCACAGGCACAUACAUCCAGCUCCUCCUGACGCACACCAUGCUCAUCACCUUCUCCAGUCUCACGCGUGGUCUUGCGAGUCCUCUGCGUAAGCUGGGUCUUGGUGCUGCCGUCGCACCUGCCAUUCCAGUCGCACCACAAGGAGGAGCUUUCAGGGGAGGGGGCAAGCAGCUCACUGUCCUGCAGUUCGGACGCUGGUUGUCCAACGGUUCGGGUGGCAUAGCAGGUGGUGGUUUGUUCGAAUUCGAAUACCACGUCGCCAAGCAGGUUCUGCCACUCGCCGUUAUAUUCCUCGUCAAAGUGCUUCUCAGCAACUUCUCGUUCGCUUAUGCACCCCUUCCCGUCUACCAGCUCGCCCGCAUUGGCGUCACACCAUUUGCCAUAAUCUUCUCCUGCAUCCUACAAAAGGAGAACCACAGCGGCGGUACCCUCUCUUCCGCCCUUGUCGCAACCCUCAACCUUCUCUUCGCUACUCUCCGGUCGAACGUCCGAGUGACCUGGGAGUCCAUCGUCGCUGGCGUCUUCUCCUCGCUCUUCGUUGCCUUGUACCCCAUCCUGCUGCUCCGCACCUACCGCAUCCUCCUAGCUGGCCUUGUCCCGCUGGGCGACGUGCUCACUGGCUACCCCUCAAGUGCUGAGGAAGUCGGCAACAGGGAGGAGACGCGUGCAUACUUCCGUACACUGCACUACACGUCCCUUCUCUCUCUAAUAAUCCUAACGCCUAUUGUCGUGCUGUCUGGCGAACUCGGUGCCAUCUACCACAACAUCCCGUUCCUCGACGUACCAUUCUUCUGGUUCAUGAUCUGGUGCGGCGCGCUUGGUUCGUUCGCCGUCUUCUCCUCCACACUGCUCCUCGUCAAGGCCACGUCCCCCCUUACAGCGACCUUCAUACAAGUCCCCCGGAGCGCGUUCCAGCUCGUGAUGCUGAGCAUGUUCAAAAUGCCCGCGCACAGCUGGAUCGGCGUGGUGCUGUGCUGGAUUAGUAGUGUUUGGUUUUUGGUGUUGAGGCGGAAUGAAACGAGAUCAAAGGAUCGUUUAAAGUUGGAGGGAAGGUAAUGGCAGGAGCGUAGCAUAACCAGACUACUACCUUGCUUAAAUAGUAGAUUUUGUGAUUUUAAUGCUAAUUUUACCACACAAUUUUUUCGCAAACCGUACGCGGUGAGCGUCUUCAUACGACUCACGCGCUGAGA